CAGCGACGCAGUGGAAGUCAGCAUAGGCCACAGCAACAUCGAUAGCAGCUAUAAUAUAUUGGCCGGAAAGGUCAAUUUCAUCAAAUCUACAUACUCAGGAACAUGUCUGGCGGAUACGACUUUUCCCAUCUCUUUCCAGCCAACACCCUUGCCUUUUCCCCUGGAACGACUUUUUUGGCAGUAGCACAUCAAAACCGGAUUAUUGUCAGAUCAACGUCUACUCUCCAGGUAGUUCGAACAUGGGAGUGUACUUUACCUUCUGAAUCAACAAUAUUUCGCUCAAAAGAACCCUGUGUUGCCUCGUCUGCAACAGAAGCCACAUCAGAAGCUUUUAUCAUCGACACAUUACAAUGGUCAGGUGACAGUACGUAUCUUUUGGUGCAUUCCAAGGAAGCAAAAAUGGCAUGGGUAUACGGUGUAGCUCAAGAAGGAGAAGCAGCCCAUGUCGGCGGAAUGGGAGUCGAGGGCUUAUCCAAGGUAGAGUGGGGUAAGGGGAAUAGAGAAGUGCUGGCAUGGACAGAGAUUGAUUCGAGGCUCUAUAUAUACAGUCUAUCGUCUGGGGAAACCAGACUCAUUCAGAACGUCAAGCCCACCGCCGAUGGAUACACGUAUUCACCUGAUUCUCGGUACCUUGCGGUGACCGAAAAACAUCUUGGAAAGGAUUAUAUAGGAGUGUAUGACAUCCUUGAUGGCUAUAAUCUUCUGAGGCACUUCCCACUUCUGACUGUCGAUGUACAAGGUGUUUCGUGGAGCCCUUGUGGCAAAUAUAUUGCAGCAUGGGACUUACCUCUAUCUUAUUCCCUUCAUAUCCAUUCCGCUAUAGGACCUCACCUAACUCACCUCAAUCCCUCGUCCCCAGCCUUUUCCCUUGCACCAAAUGAAACACCAGGUCUUGGUCUUCGCACCCUUGCUUGGGCACCAGGAGGACGUUGGAUAGCUGUCGGUGGAUGGGAUGGGAAGGUCAGGAUAGUUGAAAGUGAUGGAUGGAGAUGUGUUUGUGUGAUAACUUGCGGCACCAGAGCCAAUAAAACUGCAGCUGUCUGGAGAGAGCCAAACGAUUGGUUAAGAGAUACCAGAGGGCGGGGCAUCGUACAAUUCGACCGACAGCCACAUCCCGUUACUUUCCCUGCUCUCCGCCCUGAUAUCACUAAGCCAUACCCUCGUAUGGGUAUAUCACAACUCACUUUCGAUCGGGAAGCUACUCUUCUCCUCAUCCGCCUUGAUAGUCAACCAAACGUUGUACACAUUUACAGCUUCCUCCCCACACCCACAUCCGAACAGCCUACCAUAGCCCACAUUGUCAGUUCUAUUUUCUCCAGAGAGAUUAAGAAAGCCAAAUGGAGUCCAGUGAAGAGCAAACUUAGUGUAGUCACAAGAGGUGGAGGGGUUUACUUUUGGGAUCGAGAGAGUGGAUGGAUUGAAGAAGAGAGCGGCGGCAGUUUUGAAUGCGAUAGAGAAAUCGAUGUUGCCACAGGUGGUAUGAUGGAAGGUGUGGGCAUCCCCACUCGGGCAGAAUUUUCGGCGCUUGAUAUUCACUGGUCACCCGAUGGCAGGUCUUUAGCCAUACGGGACAGAUAUCAUUUCUGCUUGUUGUAUGAUGAAGAUACUGGAAACCUAGAUGAUGACGAGCAAGAAGGUGAACGUUCAGCGCUAAUGUGGAAUGAGCAAGGUGAAGGGUUGACAGAUGUGCUUGAGGAAGAAGGACACAUCAGCUUAAGCGAGGGUUUACCAAGUCGAGAGCAGUUUAUCUGGGAAAAAAAGCGUUAUGCGACGGUUAAAGCAGCAGUAUAUAGUUGA